CCUGUGCAAUGUCAAUAAAGUUGAAUUUGCCGUUGAAGACGCCUAUGUCACGUGAUUAAAAGUGGGCGGGGCCUAUCUGAAUCUGUUUCCGGAAACAUGGAGGCUGUGGUGAGCGAUGUCGUAGCUCCCGAAGACCUUUUAAAAUUCGAGAAGAAGUACAACAGCGAGCUGGUGAAGGGAGCUGUCUCCAAAGAGACCAAGUUCGAGUACGCCUGGUGUCUGAUCAGGAGCAAAUACUCUGAGGACAUCAAGAAGGGGAUCGUGCUCCUGGAGGAGCUUGUUCAAAAGUCAUCAAAGGACGACUCCCGGGACUUCUUGUUCUACCUUGCAGUGGCCAACUACAGACUCAAAGAGUAUGAAAAAGCCCUGAAGUUCAUCCGCACUCUCCUCAAGAACGAGCCGGGGAACAAGCAGGCUCAGGAGCUGGAGAAACUCAUCGUCAAGGCUUUGAAAAAAGACGGCUUGGUCGGCAUGGCGAUCGUCGGGGGGAUCAGCAUCGGCUUGGCCGGAUUGGCGGGAUUAAUCGGCUUGGCCGUGUCAAAGGGAGCUUCCAAAUCCUAACCGGACAUGAGGUGACGUGUCUUCACUGUGCCGGACUGAUACACUGACCCUUACCCUUCAUUAAAAAAAUAAUUCAUAAAUCAAAGUUGAGUGGAGACAGCUUGAAGGAUGUAACUUUUUGGUUUAAAGUUGAACAUGCCAGUCGUUAACAUGUUUUCAUAUUUUAACAGGGUUGAAUUUCCCCGUACAUAUGACAUUACUUCGCUCCUCUGCUCACACGCUAUAGCAUGGCACUUUCAUAUUACAUGUGUUAAUAAGUUACAAUAGACAGGGUGCAGCUCUGAUUUAUUGGGUUUUUUUUGUUUGCAUGCACCUUAGCCUAAAAGUCCCUUAGUUGACAUUUACAUUUUGUAAAAAAACUAAAAUUCAGUUGUGGUUCUGUAAGUCUCUUUUUUAAAUUUUUUUGACAUGAAGGAUUGUUUUUUGAAAGUGUCACGAGUGCAGUAGGAAGUGUAGCCUGUCAUGGUAAUGGUAUGUUCAAAAACAUAAAAGUCUAGCCGCUGCUGAUGAGGGGCCAAGAGGUUUAUUUUCAAUUGUUCAGAAUACAACUUAAAGUAAAGGGAGUUCAAAAUCACUUCUUGGAAAUUCAUACAUUUUGCCAUGUAAUGCGCACUUCAAACCUUUAUCUGUGCUACAUUAAUCGAACUUGUGUUUUGCAUCUUGUUCAAUAAAAUACAGUGGUUUUGACCUGA